GAUAUGGCACAUUAUAUCAUAUGGUCAAUUUGAUGAUUCAUGAUGAUAAAUUUUUGAUGAUAAUUACAUGAUGGCACAUUUAAUCAAUUUGCUUGUGAGGAUGAUUACAUGAUACUCAUAUAAUCCAUAUAUACUUGUUCUUGAUGAUGAUUACAUGACAUCUAUGUAAUUGAUGUACUUGAUGAUGAUAACAUGAUGCGUAAUUGAUGUCACACAUAGUCAUGAUGAUUUUACUUGAUGAUGACUUCAUGCUGUAUGAUUCUAAGUCGCAAGGACGAGCCUUGAACUAUGAGAUUCGCCCAUUUGGUACGACGAACUCACGCAGAAAUAGGGGUGGUACUCGAAAAUCUAAGUACCAUGUACGUACACUAAGCCCGGUCCGUGAUGUCGGACUGCUAAGUCCCGCACAAUCACAACUACAAGAGACGCACUUCAGCCUGAUCUCUUGCGCAUGCACAUGAUGUGAUAUGUUUCAAUAUGAAUGAUGAAAUGAAUCACAUGAUAUGAACAAUUUGUAAACAACAUGAUUGGAUAAAUAUACUUUAUUUUAUUUGGAUGUAAUCUGAUAAAAAUAUCAUUUAAUUAAGCUACGGGGCUCGGAACGGUCGACCGUUUGGCGUGACGGUCGACCGCGAAAUUCAUCGCGUCGAGUUUGGAGAAUCACCGUGACGGUUGACCGCGGUUGACCGGCGGUCGACCGUUGUUGACUGGAGGAAAAACGGCGGUCUUGACUGGGCAGGCGGCGGUACAGUGGCGACUCCGGGAAGGAGUCAACGGAUCAAGAAGAGGAAGAAGCCGCCAAUUUCUGUCUCAUGGCACAUGAAGACCACGUCAACGAGGUACAAGAGAGAAUGCGCAAGACGAGCUCCUCUGCUAAAGCUGUGAUGCGGGCCACAGAAGGAGCUGGAUUGCUCGAAACGAGUGAUCCUCUCGUUGAGCUGGCGAACGUCAUCUCGAAUGCAUGUGAGAAUGUCAAAGAUCCUCUUCACCCAAGAAGGUUUUGGUGCUUCUUCUCUCGGACGAGUCCUGCGUUGACGAGUGACGUGUUCCGUGGUUCAUCUUCCGCCGGCAUGAGACGACUCAGCUUUGUUCUCGCUCUCCUCUUCGUCGGGAACAACCAAUUCCAGAUUUUGCUCGUCGGUUGUCUCUUUGCGGAAGACAAUCCGGGUGAACUUGGUGUCCUUGAUGAAGCAAGUCUUCUUCACCGGCACCCGGGUGUCCCGAGUAAGGUCCACUUUGCAAUGAGCAAAGAUAUGCAUGAUAGAGAUGGCAAAACAAAGACGUGAAAAACGAGUACCAUCACCAAGUGCAACGAGAAAGAAGUGAACCCAAUCAAAUUUGACAUUGUUCAAUAGGUCGUGAAACAAUCGAAUGUCGUCCUUGUUGACAACGCCAUAGUUCGAUUCACGGGGCAACAAAACGUAAGAGAAGAUGUAUUGUUGGACGUGUUGGAUCAAAGUGAGGUUAAUGACACUCGGGUUGCUAGAAUUUCU